GGGAUGCAUCUCAGAAAUUAAUGGUGGUGUGAGAAAGAAAGAAAGAAAGAAGAGUAAGAGGAGGAGAAAGAAGUGGAGUAGUACUAUGGCAUCCUCAAAUUCACCAUGUGCAGCAUGCAAGUUUCUACGCCGCAAGUGCCAACCAGAGUGCGCAUUUGCACCUUACUUCCCACCUGAUCAGCCUCAAAAAUUCGCAAAUGUUCACAGAAUCUUCGGCGCGAGCAACGUCACCAAGCUUCUCAACGACUUGCAUCCUCACCAGCGUGAGGACGCGGUGAAUUCGCUUGCUUAUGAAGCGGAGAUGAGGCUCCGUGACCCUGUCUAUGGCUGCGUGGGAGUCAUUUCUCUCCUUCAACACCAGCUUCGCCAGCUCCAGAUGGACCUCUAUUGCGCCAAAUCCGAGCUCUCCCGGUAUCAAAGCUUGAGCCUGACCACCGCCACCACCACCGGUCAUGGUCUAAUGGCCGGUGGUGAAUCUGCGGUCACGGUAGGUUAUCAUCACCACCAUGCGCAGAACGCAGGUGGUGUUGGUGUCGGCCGUGACCAUCACUAUCAUCACCACAACCAUCACCAGCUCUUUCCAAGGGAACAUAAUUACCAGCAGCAGAAUAUGGUUAGAAGCUUUGAUGCAGGGAACAACUAUGAUGCUAGUCUUCUGGCCAUGAACAUAUCUGCUAGCUUAGGGCAGCUUAACCAGCUUCAACAACAGAGUGCUGCCGGCGGUGGCGGUGACGACCGCCGUGCCUUCAACCGCUCCUAGGGUUUUGUGGCAUGACAUAAUUAAUGCAAUAGGAAUUUUGACAUCAGUAGCUGGAGAAAAGAAUCGAAGCUACAAUCUUCAUUUUUUGUGGAGAAUCAAGACUACUGUUCAAAGCUCGAGUGUUGCUUUCAUUUUCUUAUCUUUUUUCAUAUCAUUACAAAAACAUCAGGACAGAAAUGUGACGUCAACAUAAAGUAGCUGAGUAGCUGACAAAUAUUUUAUCAUUGCGUUUUUACUGUUUCUACUGAAUCAAGAAAUAAGAUGUAGGGUUCCUCAAUGGAUAGACUGAAUAUUUACUAUCAUUACUAGUAAACAGUUUAUUGUAUUUAGUAAUGAUG